UUAGUUUCUAGUCCACGUAUAUGUAAUCAGAAAUUAUUGACCAGGAAUGGGCUAUGGUUUGACCCUUGGCACUAGGGGGAAUUUUCUUAGACAUCACUUCCCUAAGGUAGCUACAUUUUUUUAUGUUGGAGGACCCACCAUCUGCUUUCUCUCACUGGGAAGCAAAUCAUUUGGGAAGGAAAAACACAUUUAAUCUAUUUCAAGCUGACUAAAAUACUGCAUAGCAUAGUUAAGUGGCACAGUGGAUAGAGUACUGGAUCUGGAGUCAGAAAGACUCAUCUUCCUGAGUUCAAAUCUGGCCUCAGACACUAGUUGUGUGACCCUGGGCAAGUCAUUUCACCCUGUUUGCCUCAUUUUCUCAUCUGUAAAAUGAGCUGGAGAAGGAAAUGACAAACCACUCCAGUCUCUUUGCCAAGAAAAUCCUAAAUGAGGUCACAAAGUCAGACACAAAUGAAGUGACUGAACAGCAACAAAAAAUAGCAAACAAAAAUAGAGGAUCCUACUGACCAGUUGCCUGAUUUUGUUAAAUAAUAAAAAUAAAUUCCUUUCAGUCACAUUCUCAAAAAAAAAUGGCAAACAGAAUUUGGUUUUAGCCAUUUUCAUAAACCUGUGGAGAUAAGUGGAGAACCUAAACCCUAGAAAACUUAAGCUUAUUACCCAAGGUCCCUGGGCUUGUUGGCCACUCGUGGGAGCAUUUGUCUCUAGCCUGAGCAUUUGCUCCCUUUCUGCCCUGUCUUUCUUUUAUUCUGACUGACUCUGGGCUUCCCAGAAUAGCCUUUCUGCUCUCUGGACCUCUUGAAUCAAAUGUUGUAGGAUAGCUGACUCUUUUCAUCUCUAUCAUAAAGAAUAUAAAAACCACUUUUGUUUGUUACUUACUCAUUCAAAGGAAUUUUUUCUCACUAAUGCAGUUCCCCUAUUUGUUGUGCUAUCAAAAGAAAACAAGUUGUUUCUCCAAUUCCUGCCUAUCAUUUGGUCCAGCACUUUUCUCCAGCCGGGGGCCGUGGCACACUCGAUUGGCAUGCUCCUAGUAAGUUACAGAGGUCACUUCCUCUCUUCCAGGAUUGUUCUAUCUUCUUCCAGCACAGCUCUCCAAGAGCCCUCUUACAAUUACAGCCCUUUUCUCUUGAUUUCCGAAAGAGUGUCAGAUGAGAAUUAAAAGCAGAAACAUGUGCAGAAAUAAUCUGUCUCCAGAAAUAGUAAAUGCUGAAACACUGUAUGUUGAAAUGCACUGCAGAUGCUGACUGCUUGAAGCAUGAUUAACCUAAUAGGCUUAAGACUUUAUUUGCCAUUCACAUCUGUCAGGACCCAAGCAAAAACCCUGGAGUCCUUUAAUUCCAUAGGGUAAAGCCCUUUACAAUCUGCCUGUUGUUCACUGGCGGCUGAGAAUUCCAGACUGAGAAGGAAAACAAGUCUUCAGGUUGGGGGCUAAAAGAAUCGAGGGGAGGUUGAGCAUAACCCAUAGGUUAUUGCACCAAACCUGGCAUAUGUGGGUUGUUAAUGGGUUGGGUUUUUUGGUUGUGGGAGGAAAAAGGCCUAGAUUCCUGCCCAGGAGAUGCUCAAUGCUACUGGAUGAAAUGGUGAGACUGAUUUUUGCUUUUAUUUCUAAUCCGAUUCUCUGAAGAUUAAGGGGAAUAGAAAAAAUAAUUUAUUCAGACCAUGGGGUGUGCACCUUCCCACAGUGGUGUUGUCAACAGUAUGACCAGGAGCAGUCUCCAGUUUUGGAAAAAACCCAAGACCACUUUGCCAGUCCAUCAGGCUGUCCUUCAAGGGCUGUCCAUCCCUUUGCUGGUUCAAGGCUCCACCUGCUAUGGCAAUGGAGAGGCCCCACUCCAGGGGCAGUGGCAGCAGGCAAGGGAGAAUCCAGAUCCCAGGAGGGAUCAAAACAUGGCCAGAAGUCUCCAUCUGUUCCCUGGGAAUUCCUCUUCAGGCAGGAGGAGAGAACCUGGAGAUUCAGCCCUAGAUGCUGAUGCUGUCAUGUCAGAGAUCCUAGAUUCUCAGAAACAUUUGACUGAGAAUACACACUUAGAGAGUCAGAACACCUCCCAGGAGGGUUCCUAUUGGAAUGAACAGGAGGGAUGGAAUGCCAAGGAGUCUUCUAAAAAAGGAAAGAGUCCCAAUGGCCAUAUAUCAGGGAAAGACAAUUGUGAUUGUCAAACCCAAGACUUUCUUGCCAUUGGGCCUGAAGGCAAGGUGGAUUUCCCUGAACCCCUGGUGAAGGCUCACCAUAGGGCAUAUGCCUUUCUGCACCCCAGUCUCUCCAGAUAUGAAGCAAUCCUAGGCAUAGCCCACCAGGCUGCCCAAACGCAGCAGUACCUCCAGCAGAUGGUGGGAUUCUUGCUUUUACGCUUUGAUGAGAUCAACAAACUCUUGGGAGAGAUUGCCAGUGAUGGAGAAGUCCUUCUCCAAGAAGCUGGAACCCAUCUGGCUUGGCCGUCUGGGAAGGAAGACCCACCAUGGCAGCCAGAUCUACUGCAACAGUUGCUACAAUACACUGCCAAUAGGAUGCAGGUUCUCCAUCACACGGUGACUUCCCUCACUUUUGGUGCUCUGCAGGACUCCAGCAGCUACCUCUACUCUGCUGCCCAACAUCUGGACAAAAAACUAGAGACUCAAAAAAAACUGGACCAGUGCCUCCUGGGGGCUAUCAGCCUCCUCCAAAGCUGUGUGACUGGCCCCAGUACAGUCAAGGUCGACGAUAGACCUCUCUAUUCUGAAGACAGUGGCAUUGGGGCUGACACUGAGUCUCUGUAUUCUUUGGACAGGCUGGGAAAACAGGCCAGCUUGGAUUCUUUGGAUGAACCCACAGAAAGGAAGUCUCGGGUUUCAUCCCACAGAGAUACCAAGGGGUUGGCAGAUGUCAGGCAACAUUGCCCAUCAGUGUCAGGGUCCAGCAGACCCCAGGACUGUGCUCUUGAAAGACAAACUGCUCACCUAGCUGCAAUGGGUAACCCUUUACAUGCCAAGGAAGCAACAGCAACCAGGUCUCUCCAGCUGGGGAGGAGGUUUUCAUAUAAUGACUUAAAAACCAGGACCCUGGAGAAAGGAGAAUAUUUCAGAGACUACAGGCUUACUGCUCCUCUGCUCCUCACUGAUAAGGAAGAUAGCAAUUCAGAGGAGGAGGAAGAAGACAAUGAUGAAGAUGGCUCCACUAGCCUGAGCCAGAGACAGAGAGAAAUUCAUUCUCUGAGGCCAAAAACUUCUCCAUCUCUCACAGAAAGUAUGUUCUGGCCACAUUUCAAGAGAAUCGAGAGCCCCCAGGCCCAGGAGAUGAUUCUCAAGAUGAAGGAUGCGAUUAGUGAAAGAAUCAAGUUUGUCCCAGCUCAGCCUGUACACAAAGAAUGGAUGGAGGAUGAAGAAAAGAAGCCAAUGCUCCCCAAUAGAUCCAGAACAGUUGAUGGGGACAGGAGGCAGUCUGAGAGACCAAGGAGAUCCAAGUCUGAAGAGUCUCUCAAGGGCCAUGCAGAAGAUCCCACACUCCUGGAACUACAGAGGGUUCAGAAGGACCUCAGUCAGAGGCUAGAGAUGUUUUAUGGUUUCCGAAAGAAAAGGAAAACACAGAACAAAGAGGAACACUGCAUCCCCAGAACAGAUAUGUUGUGUCUGGUCAGCAAAAGUAGGCCUACCCAGUGCUCCUCCAUUAGCAAGUUGAAGGCCUCCCUUGCCAAGAACCUCAGUAUUCUGCCUAGUCAGGAAAAGAUUGUCUUGCAGAAACCUGAUCCCAACUCUAAAAGUCAGUCACCCAGGGAAGGAAAGGCUGAAACAUUUUCAAAGACUACCACAUCUAUCCAGAACUACCUACCAUGGGAGAAAGAAAAUGAGGCUCCCAAGACCCAAGCAUGGAAUGGUGAGGGAUGCACCCCGAGACCAUCCGUCAAGAAACUCAUUGAAACAUUUAGUCCCACUGAAGAGCUGGUGAUCCCAAUGAACACUAGACACUCUGGGGCAGUCAGUAGUAUCAAGAAAUUUGGGAUUCCCAUCAUGCCUUCCAGAUUUCCCAUUUACAGGGGGCUUGCUCCUUUGUAUCCCAAGCAUCAGAUUUGUCCAGGAACAGAUGGAGAGCUCCCCAAAUUGAACCCCAACUGGAGGCCUUUUGCACCAAUCUUCACACCUGUCUCCACAGUGGCACAAGUCUACAGGAGUUGUCUACACAAUGAAACAGAGGAGGACUUGAAAGACCUCCCUCCUCCCCCUCCAGAAAUCCUAAUGGACAAUUCAUUCAAUUCACUGAAGAGCCCUGGAGCUCCAGAACCAGAAGAGUGUCCUGCUGAAGUGCCCAAGAAGCUUAGUCCAGUGGAACUUCCCCUGACCAGGAAAAUGUCAGCUUCCCAAAGACUGAAGGCUUCCCUGAACCCUAUUGACUUACUGCCUAGCAAAAAUAUUCCCAACUCCAUCCCUCCCAGUGGCAAAGGGUCAGGGGACAACAAGACAGAGAAGAAAGCCAGAAAUCUCUCCUUAGAACUUGUCCAUGCACCUGAAACCAACCACAACCAAGAAAGACCAUGUGAGGCCCAAAGAGAGCCAGAUAAGGCAGCAAAUCUAAAACAGCAAUCCCAUAAGGUGGUGCCUCUGCCCUACUCCAGCAGCACAGCUGGAACAAAUGGAAACAAGGAAGCCAGUGUGGCCAGGCCAUCCCAAGCAUCGCAUCCUCCUGAAGGGCCGAAGCAGGGCCAAGAGAAGAGCCCAGCUCUGGUCAGGAAAGUCUCCCCUACAAGGAUACACUGGUCACAUAGGCCUGAAAAGAGGAACCCUAUCCCACCUGCCUCACAUAGACCUAUUGGGCCAAGUCUCCCCCAUGUGCAAAGGCAGUCCAGCCCCCCUUUUAGCCCUAGGACAAGUCCUCCCAUCAGGACCAGGACACCUAGCCCUCCAUCAAGCCCCAAGGCAAUAAGCCCCCCAACAUUGAGAAAAUCAGCUUCUCCACCCCUCCAACACAAGAAUCCCAGUCCUCCAACAGGAGGACCUUCCAGUCCCCCAGCUCAAGGGAUCUUGAGCCCACCAGCCUGCCACAGAGAAGUGAACCCUCCUCCCUCUUCCUCCAUUCCUACCCCUCCAAGCUCCCCAUCCCAGGAGCCCAAGGAACCAAGUUCAUAUGGGGAGAAUGAUCCGAGCUCAGCCAAGGUAGCCCACAACACUUGCUCCAUAUUUUGUCCUGCAACCUCUUCUCUGUUUGAAGCCAAAUCUCAAUCCUCCCCCAACUGCUCACAGACAGAGAGUGGGCAGUAUCCAGAAACGGCAGCAGAGGUCAAGAGAACCAGUGUGCUGCCAAGGCAGUUGGGGGAGCCCCAAAGGAGAAUGGCCUUGUGUGCACUCAACCCUCAACCUUUCAUCAGAAGGUCCGCUUCUGACCAUCGGCCAAGAAUACGGCUCCGUCUGCCUGGCUCAGCCUCGGUGGGGACCACAAGUGAGCUGGUCAACCAGACCAGGUAAGGUUCGCCCUGCGUUCAUCAUCCUUUAGCUCUAUCAAAUCGUGGUAUGUCAAAGUGGAAAGGUACCUA